GGGCUCAUAUCGCUCUCUCUCCUUUCUCCUUCUCUCUUCCACCACACGCACCUCCGCUCCUCCUCCUCCUCCUCCAUAUCCGUCGUCAGCGAGCACAAAACGCACCACAAGAAAACACCAAACACCCAAUGAAGCGCACAAGCCGGAGAUGCUAGGAGCGAGCAGUUAGAAGCACACUCUCUCCUCCCUCCAGAAGACGCCUAAAGAAAGCACCUUGGACUCCUGCUGCGGAGAUCUGGAUUUGAACCCUUUCCGGUACUAGUGAAUGUAAGGAUCGCUCGGAUACAGAAGGCAGGGAAUCAAAAGCCAUCACCAUGAAUUUUGUUAUGAAGCAAGCGCUGGGAGGGGCCACCAAAGACAUGGGCAAGAUGCUGGGGGGUGAGGAGGAGAAAGACCCUGAUGCAGCGAAGAAGGAGGAGGAGCGGCAGGAGGCCCUAAGACAGCAGGAGGAGGAGAGGAAGGCCAAGUAUGCACGCAUGGAGGCUGAGAGGGAGAGCGUGCGCCAGGGCAUCAGAGACAAGUAUGGCAUCAAGAAGAAGGAGGAAAAGGAGGCUGAGGCGGCUGCAGCCAUGGAGCAGGCCUCCGAAGGCAGCCUGACCCGCCCUAAGAAGGCUGUCCCGACCGGAUGCGGGGACGAGGAAGAGGAAGAGAGCAUUGUCGACACCGUUAUGAAGUUCAUCCCCACCCCACUCAUGGACAUGUUCAGUAAAAAGUAAAAAGUCAACAUGGCCGACAGUCAUCCAUACCCUCUUCUGACCCUCACUGUCUUCUGCUGGGCUGCGGGGGGGCGCACUCGUGCAUUCUUAGACUUCCUCCUCUGGAGGAGUUGAAGAGUUCAGACCAAUCCCCUUCACUCCAAAAAGCAAAUAUCUAAGUUAAUGUUACUUGAAUAGUAUUAAGAGAGUAUUCAUUUUGGAUUUUUCCAAAUGUAUUUCUGCCAUUUUUUUAAUCAUUUUGAGCCAAAUUAGUUGGCCAUGGAGUGAAAUAUUUAUCAGAUAUUUACGAAUUGUAUGCAAAAAUUUCUUAAUUCAUGGAUGGCUUGAAAAAAAAAAAAAAAAAAGAAACCAGACAGAAAUGCAAAAAAACAAAAAAAACAAAUCAGAAACAAAAAAAUCUAAACUUGUCAAAACUCUUCAAAUAUUAUUAAUUCAAGUAAUAUUAGCUGUAGAUUUUUUGUUUUUGCAGUGUUCAGCUCCUAUAAAUGAGCACUCACACUUUUAAGUUUGUAAAUAAAUUAAAGGUUUUCUGUAUAUGGGUAAAAUAUUAUAAAAAUAUUAGUAAGAUUAUAAGCCAUAUUUUUAACUUGAUAAAUUUAUCCAGAUCAUAUCAGAAUUUGAUUAAUAUUGCUGUUCUGUUGUUGCCAGUACUGUUUGGUCCAUAUCUGUACAAGGCUCUUUCUUCUGUUGGUGUCCGAUGUUCCAUUGGUGUUUAAUGUGAUUGGUACAAGUGACUUAAUGGCAGAGGUGGGUGGAGUAAUCAAAAAUUGUAGUAAUGUUACUUCAAAAUAAUAUUACUCAAGUAGAAGUACAAAAUAGUGGUUCAAGAAAUGACUCAAGUAAGAGAGAGGAAAAUUACUACUCAAGUAAUAGUAACUUCUUUCAGUCUCUAACUGUAAGAUCUGAUUUACAAUUUGAAGUUAAUCUAACGCAAAAAAAAAAAGACAAAAACUGCAUUAUAUCUGAAUGACCGGUGCAAGAAACACAAAUGUUCAAAGAAUUUCAUAUUGUCAACAUAAAGACUUACACACAGUGGGAAAAGUAACCAAAACUUAUGAUCAAGUAGAGUACUACUUCAAUAAAAAAUUACUCAAGUAGGAGUACAAGUAUGCUGUCAAAAAAGUACUCUGAAAAGUACAAUUUGUUCAAAAAGUUAAAUAUAUCUGCAUACUGCCCACCUCUGCUUAAUGGACCCACUCAUGUCAACGCAUGCAGACAACUUGUGAAGAAGAGUACAGCUGAUGUAUGUACACUUAUUUAUGGCCAGAGAUCAGUAGCAAUAACAGUUUCCUCUUCCCAAACUCCAAGUGGUUCUUUCACAAACAUCUGUCCAGAGAACAAUAAAUGUCAUUCCACUUUCAUUUGCAUCCAUCAAGUUGUGUGCAAUCCUCAUCCAAAGUGUGACGAGACAGUGAUGAUAGUGCAAUAUAAAAGUUGAAGUCAUGGUGUGACAGUACGUGGAUCUAUCAGCAAUAACAGACAAUCUUCAUCAUGUUAGAAGCUACACUGUGUUGCUGUGAGAUGUCUCUGUUUGGAAGGCGUCAUGAUGGGGCUGGGCGAUAUGUCAAUAUGCCAUUUUGGUGAAAUGAACAUUAUUAGCUUCUUUGUUUAAAGCAGACUUACGGUCGAACAGAGGCCCCUCCUUCUAUUUGUCAGCCUCAGUCAUGCUCUGAGUGACAGGUGGAUGUAACCAAUCACAGACAAGUGUCAACUUUCAGAAGCAGAAGUAGAUUGCUUGAAAUGUCCUCCUAAAGAACACAUAUUAUGCAGAAUUUCCUUUUAAACACACCAUAACGUUGUUCCCCCAUCAAAAAAUCCUGGAGCAAUAUUUUGCUUUAUUACCACUAAUUCUAAGCCCCAUAAAAUCACAUGACUUUGUCAUUCCCAAUUUUGUGACACUACAGGUUUUUAAGUCCAUACACCAAUUUUUUUUGCUCAUUUUAACUGGGGCUUGUCAGGCUGCCGUAGAUGGAGACCUUACCACAAUUUCCACUAUUGGCGCAUACCUGUAGAAACCUGUGGUGUCUAUUGUCAGAAUAUAGCCAUUAUUUUAAAUUCUAAAACAUGAGAUACCAAAGCAAAGGUACUCAAGAGCAUGUUUAAGGGCCAAUCAGAAUACAAAUCAUAUAUAAUAUUUGUUCUUUAAAAGCCAAUAUAAAGCUUUUUUUUUUUUUUGGCAUAUUGCCCACCCCUACGCCAUGAACACUAUGUUUACAUUGUACAAUUGUCUUAAUAACACAAUGUGACCUUCCAUCAGAGUAGUGCCUGGCCCUUAGCUCUGAUGAAGCUAGAAAACAACUCUACAAACAGUAAACUUCCAAAUGUGGCCAAACCUAUGAUGUAUGUAACAUAGCACAAUGCUGCUCCAUAUGUUUACACCUGUAGUUGUACUGACGUGCACACUAGCGCCCCCCACAUAUCUAGGCUACAGGCUGACACUGCAAUGGCACAAAAGCUUCAGAUUCUUUGAAUUGAGAUUCUGGCUCUUUGUCCUACAAUGAGCUCUAGACAUUCCACAGACUCUAAACAUUCCACUGCUCUGGUGCUGCUAUGUCCACUCCAGAGGUCCUAGUAUUUCAAAUUCUUUUUUAGCUGCCAUGAUGGAUGACUGUGUUGUGCUGUAAAGGGUUGAAAAUGACACAUGGCUAGUGUAUUUCUGCCACUUUGGGCUGAAGACAAGUGGGCCCUGGCAGCUCAGUGCUUCUGUGCUGUCAGCCAAACAGCACACUUCCUGACUUAUUUAUGAAACGCUGUGUCAGGUUCAACUCCCAUUGAUAUUUUGUGGCUGAUGUCAUCAACAUUCCCUCGGGGUGUGAUGCUAAGCAUUGCUCUGUUACUCAAGUUAGACUUUUAUCUGAGAUUUGUUUAAAAAUAAUCAUAAUGACCAGAAAGAACUGACUUGGCUGGAACUACAACAGGUGAGCUGUGUUUGUACUGUUAAAUAAGUUACUCUUAAAUAAUAUUACAGUCACAAUGUAGCGAGUAUUAGCUAACUUUUUUUUUUUUUUAGUCACUCUCACUGUUUUUGUUGAAAGUCAAUCACCUAAAUGAAUUCAUAAAAAGUAGUAUUUAUCAUAGGCUCCUAAAUCUAUUUUGUAUUUUUUCUUGAGUUUUCAGACUUGCCAUGGUAACUACUGAAGAUUCUGACAUAUACAUACAUGCAGUCCACCCCCCACGUGAUGUCACUGCAAAGUAUCAAUAUACUCCAAUACAUGUUCCAUGUGGUCUGCCAAUACCACUGCCCAAAUCAUAUUCAGAGAGGAGAACCAAAGAGCUGGUCCACAUCCGGCAUGAGUUAUUUCAUACGUAGACCACUGUAGACAUUCUCAGGUUUUCUACUUGUAGGACUCAUAGGGACUUUGAGGUGGGGAAUAUUUACUGCCCGAGACUAUAACAAAGUUCCCUCCAAAAAUACUUCCAUACUUCAACCUCCUCCAUGCUUGAAGACAGGCAACAGCAAGGCAAAAUCUGGGCUGUCAGGAAACGGACCCAUGUAUAGGAGAAUUUCUAAAUGUCCAUCGUUCACUGCCUUUUAAACCAUUAAAUUCACUGCAAAAAGUAUGGGGUACAUUCAUGUGGUCCACAUGUUUCUGGGUUGAGCAUAGUGUUAAUGGUGCUGUACCUGAUUUUUACUGUCUUAAAAAUAUGUCCAAAGUUAUUCCUCAAUAACCUUAUGCAUUCUGAGCAUCCUAAUAACUCACCGUGGUCUCCCUCUGAUAUGCCAUGACGGUAAUGCUAACAACAACUAGCAUGCCAAUUCAUGUGUCAGUCUGAACUGUGAAUUGGCAUUGGACAAUAAAAUGCUUUCUAAUUAUGGACUAAGCUCUCUGCUGUGUCUAGAGCUGCUUAAACAAUAUAUCUCACGACAAAUUUUGUUCCAAUAUGGGGAAAAAAUCCGAUACAGGCCAUUUAAUGUACCAUUUAAAUAAUUGUAUUGUUUAUUUAAUGCAACUUAUCCCGGAUGUCUUUCAUCUCUCUUGUAAUUUUGCCAUUUUUAUGUUAGCAACAGUUUACAAUAACUACUAAAAUUAGCAAUGUUAAGACAAAGACCUUGUAAGUACUUUUUCCAACUUGUUUUGUUUUUAGAAAUAUAAUUUUCCAGAAAUAAUGAGGACCACAUAAAUGCACCAUAGUUAUUAAUCACUGCCCAACCACACUGCCUAGGUCAUUCGUAUUGAAAUAUGACAAUGUCCACUGUUACGACUGAGGCUUCCUCCACUCUGAUGUACAACUGCCUAAACAUGCCACUCUUUGUGACUUGUUGUGUGUUCUCUCUUUUGUCGCUGUUGUUGCAGAGAUUGUCCCUUUGUCUGUACUGGUCCUGUUUCUGUCUUUUGGUGCACUGUAUUUUGACCUACACUACAAGUGAAAAGUUUGGACACAUUUUUUGAUUUAUUUUUAUGACUAUUUAUAUUGCAGAUACUCACCAAAAUAAUCAAAACUAUGAAUGGAUACAUAUGGAAUGCAGUAAACAGAAAAUAAUUGAAAUUUCUUGCCCCUGACAUGGCAGACCUGCGCAGUGAAAACCAUUUCAUCAUGAAGCUCACUGAGAGAAGGCCAAGGGUUUGUAGUGUUUUCUUUUUUUUUUCUCUUUACUACAUAUUAUAUCUUGCAUCAUAUAUUUAGCAUCUUCUGUAUGUGUCUAAAAUGUAGAAAGUAGUAAACAUAAAUAAACAAAAACAUUGAGAAGGUGUGUCCAAACUUUUGACUGAUGGCGUACCAGGUUUUUUUGGUUGUGUACAGUCUGGGCCCUCUCCCCUGCCUCUCUGUAUGUGACGUGUGCAUGCUCCGCGGUGUGAUGUAGACCGGUUGUUGCGUAUCCGUGUUUUGUCCCGUGUACUCACCUGUUCUGAAGUCUCACUGCAUGCCAUGUAGAACCAGGAUCCAGUCUGUAAUUGUACUGUAAAAAUGGAAUCACCUCACACUCGGAGAAUAAAGUGAUUUCAUAG